CGUGUUGCGUUGCAUACCGCGGUCGGUCGCGCACCUUUCGCUGCACGUGCUAUUAUCUCGUAAAAAAUUUUUUUUAAAAUAUUCGAGAUUUCAUUAAAUAGGUGUUAGUUUAGUUUUAAUUAUUUGUAUGUGCAGUGCAUUUAAAAUGGUUAAGAAAAUCAGUGCACUCAUCUGCUGCUUCUGCGUGUUUGGAAUAUCACUUAGUGAUAGCGCGAUUUCGGCUGAAAGUGAAACGAGGUGCAAGAACCCGCCGACGGCGCCGCAGAAGAUCGAGCGAGUCAUCACGUUGUGCCAAGAUGAAAUCAAACUCUCCAUCCUCAGAGAGGCACUGGACGUGAUAAAGGAGGAGCACACCAUGCCGGCGCAAAAGCGACGCAACAAGCGCGAAGUACCCUUCACGCACGAUGAGAAACGCAUCGCCGGGUGCCUUCUACAAUGCGUGUACCGGAAGGUGAAAGCUGUUGACGGCUACGGAUUCCCAACGCUAGAAGGCCUCGUGGGGCUGUACUCGGGCGGCGUGAACGAACGCGGCUACUUCAUGGCGGUGCUCGAGGCCUCCAGGGAGUGCCUCAUGAAGAACCACGAUAAGUUCUCCAGGACAGUACCCAUGGACAACGGGCGUAACUGCGACGUAUCGUUCGACAUCUUCGAGUGCAUAUCGGACCGCAUCGGCGACUAUUGCGGAAACUCCGGGCUCUGAACCAGGACGAACUUUACUUCCUCGGCGUUUUAAUGAACCGACUCGGCCCCAGUUGUAAAAUAGUCUCUAAAGUCUCAAAAUUCAAUAUUAAGUAAAGAGAAAGGAUUUUUGUUUAGGUUGCAAAACUCGAGGUUUAUGAUACAUAAAAUAUGAUGCAAAUACUACUUUUACUUUUCUCCUUGCAAAUUUCUAAUAGUCGUCAAGUACUGCGGUCUAAUUUAAGUUACCACUUAUUUCAUAAGAGAAUGUGAUAAGAACAGUGUACAUAGAGUGAUAAAGUUUAUUUUACUAAAUUCUAAUGCUCAUAACAUAGCUUAUAAACAAUAAUUAUUAAGAUUAAAUUUUCGUAAGAACGAAAAACUUGGCUCGAUGCAUAUUAUUCUGCUAAGACAAGUAUUUACCGAAUUUAAAACGAAUUUUAAUAUUAUAUUUUUUCACUUGAUAUAAAAAAAAAUAUCAAAGAUUAUUUUGCUCGCUCACUGCCGUUUGUGUUGUGAUUAGUUAAUUAAGAUCAGUUAAGAUCACGAUAUGUAAUUUAUUAGUAAAUACUACUUGUGUUAACUGAGUAUUAGGUACCUAUAUGCAAUCUCUUUAAUGCUUACGGCGCCCUUUGGCCAACUCUAAGGUAGAACAGUGUGUGUUCGUAACUUCGCAAGUACCUCCUUUCCGUAUCAACUCAGAUUAGAAAACAAUCAAAGUAUGAAGGCGUCUGCCGUGAAUGCAGAAGGCAUUGGUUCUAUCCCAGCCCUAGGCACUAGAAGCCUUGGUCACUUUUUCAGUUUCACAUCUGUUUCAGUUUAAAAUAGACUUUCUACUUAAAAUAACACAAAUAAAAAUAUUUUCAUAAAAUAAUUUGAUAUGUUGCCCAGUAACACUACGUUUAUUGUUUGUUUCUACCAGAGCAACUAACUGACCCAAAUACGUAGGUAUGCAUUUGUUUAUUAUUCGGGUCAGUUUUAAAACUAUUAUGUUAAGAAAUAAUUGGCUUAAUAACGAACUGAUAGAAUAAUUAAUCCAUAAGUGUGCCUAAAAAAUAAUAAAUUGUAUAUAUAUUAUAAUUAAA